UUACAGGUACUUCAACAAAUUAUCACGGUAAGUAAUUCGAACAAAAACUUAAGAACAAUCCAAAUGGCCACCGGAAAACCAUUCCGAGAAGUAGAGCUGCCACAGCAAAAACCUCAAGACGAAGGCGUUCUUUUCCCAGCGGUAUUAUCCCCAAACAAUACCACAUUAGAACUCUCUGCUUUCGAAGAUGCGAUCCGAACUCAUAAGCCAUGGCUGGAGUCUCUUCUCCUCAAAAGUGGUGCUAUUCUCUUCAGAGGUUUCCCAGUUAUAUCUCCUUAUGACUUUAACCGCGUUGUUGAAGCUUUCGGCUUCCCAGAACUGCCUUACGUUGGGGGCGCAGCACCUCGAACCCAAGUCGUUGACAGGGUUUACACGGCUAAUGAAAGCCCUCUCGAUAGGGAAAUUCCUUUCCAUCACGAAAUGGCUUACCUUCCAAAUCCACCCACCAAGUUAUUUUUCUUUUGCGAAGAAGAACCAGAAGCCGAGGGAGAAACUCCAAUAGUUUUGAGUCAUGUCAUAUAUGAAAAGAUGAAAGAGAAACACCCGUAUUUUGUUGCGAAAAUGGAAGAGCAUGGGUUGAGGUAUACAAAAAUAACGGGUGAUGAUGAUGAUCCAUCAUCCUACACUGGUAGUAGUUGGAAGUCAGCAUACAAGACCGAUGACAAAACCAUUGCAGAGGAAAGGGCGGCGAAGCAGGGAAUAAAGCUGGAAUGGAUGGGAAAUGCUGUAAAAAUAAUUUCAAAGCCUCUGCCAGCGAUCAGGUUUGACGAGGAGAGUCGUCGGAAGACAUGGUUCAAUAGUCUAGUGGUUAGUUACUAUGGGCCCGCAACUGAGAAGAUUGGUAAUCCAAAUACAUCGGCAGAGGUGGGUAACGGCGACCCUGUGGAUGAUGACGCUGUGAAAGACCUUUUGAAAAUCAUGAAAGAAGAAUGUGUUGUAAUACCUUGGAAGAAAGGCGAUUUCCUGCUGGUCAAUAAUUUGACAGUUCUUCAUAGCCGGCGGCCACUAAUAAAGCCUCCACGCCGUAUAUUGGCUUCCCUAUGCAAGUGAUUCGAAAAAGAGAGAUAUGUUUUUAUGUAAUAUAUAAUCUUGUAAAAAGUGGAAUAUUAAUGUAUUUUGUUGUGAUAUUUGAUACUCGUUUGAAACUUUGAAGUA